AUGAAUUCAGAAAAGAACCUUCUUUUUUUGUUUGACGUGGAUGGAACCUUGACACACCCCAGAGAGCCAAUUGAACAAAGUAUGAUUGACACACUGAGGAAACUUAAGUUGAAGGGAGACUAUUCAUUGGCAAUCGUUGGAGGAUCAGACUAUAAGAAAAUUAUAGAACAAAUAAUAUACCCCGAAAUAUUCGAUUUUAUAUUUUCAGAAAAUGGCGUGAUAGCUCAUAAGAACAAUACACAGUUCUAUGCAGAGAGUAUAACAGAAUUUUUAGGUGAAGAAAAAAUGCAAGAAUUGGUAAAUUAUUGCUUGGUGUAUAUAGCAACAUUGCGUAUUCCAAAGAAGAGAGGAACGUUCAUCGAAUUGCGUAAUGGGCUGAUAAACAUCAGUCCAAUUGGUAGAAAUUGUUCACGAGAAGAACGGGAUGAAUUUUGUGCAUACAACGCGGAGAAUGGAAUUCUUAACAAAUUUAGAUUGGACUUAAUGCACAAAUUUUCUCAAUUUGGCUUGACGUUUUCUAUUGGAGGUCAGAUAUCUAUAGAUUGUUUCCCUUCGGGGUGGGAUAAAACAUUUUGUUUGAGACAUGUAGAAGGGUUGUUCAGAGAGAUUUUAUUUUUUGGUGACAAAACGGGGAAGGGAGAAAACGACUAUGAAAUUUAUAAAGACAAGAGAGUGCGAGGUUUUUCUGUGCAAAGUCCUCAAGAAACUGAAAAAAUUCUGAUUGAAUUUUUGGACAAAUAA